CACCUCUCUCCAGCGGCCGCGAGCCGCUUCCUCCCGCCGCGCGCGCGCGCGCUCGCUCGCUUGUGUGACAGGAAGGCGCGCGGAGGCAUGGAUUGGAGCGAUAGUUUCGCUCACACGCGUACACGCGCUCUCUCGCGGCACCUCCUCUCUCUCAUUCACACACGCACGUCGCUGCCUUCUCUCCGCACAAAUAUGUCGUCUCUCUUCCUCAACUCGGCCGCCUGACGGACUCAUGUUCGCCUCGGACACUUUGAACGGACUAGUUUGACGCACUUCCUCGUUCUUUUUUUUAAAAAACGUAUUCGGUAUUGUCCCUCGUGUUGCGGUCACAGUGGCUUGAAGCGUGUGAGUGUGUGUGAGAGUGAGUGAGUGAGUGAGUGUGUGUGUGAGAGAGAGAGAGACAUGUCGGAGCCGCGCUCGAGCUUUCUUCACAAAGGGGACAUCGUGUCUCUGUACGCGGAAGGCGCCGUCAACGGCUUCAUCAGCACACUCGGGCUUGUGGAUGACAGAUGCGUGGUGCAGCCCGAUACCGGCGACCUGGCCAAUCCACCCAAGAAGUUCAGAGACUGCCUGUUCAAGGUGUGUCCCAUGAACAGGUAUUCUGCCCAAAAGCAGUAUUGGAAGGCCAAGCAAGGCAAACAGGGCAAUAACACAGAAGAGGACCUACUGAAGAAGUUACAGCAUGCAGCUGAACUGGAACAGAAGCAGAACGAGUCGGAAAACAAGAAGCUGCUGGGAGAAGUGGUCAAGUACAAUAAUGUCAUCCAGUUACUGCACAUCAAGAGCAACAAGUACCUGACAGUGAAUAAGCGGCUCCCAGCCCUGCUGGAGAAGAAUGCCAUGCGUGUUUCCCUGGACCCGUCAGGCAAUGAGGGCUCCUGGUUCUACAUCCAGCCUUUCUGGAAGCUGCGCAGUGAAGGGGAUAAUGUGGUAGUCGGUGAUAAGGUGGUGCUGAUGCCUAUGAAUGCUGGGCAACCCCUGCAUGCCAGCAACAUUGAGCUGCUGGACAACCCUGGCUGCAAGGAGGUCAAUGCCUUGAACUGCAACACCAGCUGGAAGGUUACCCUCUUCAUGAAAUUCAGUGACUACAGGGAUGAUGUCUUGAAAGGAGGUGACGUAGUGCGGCUCUUUCACGCCGAGCAGGAGAAGUUCUUGACCUGCGAUGAAUACAAGAAGCAGCAGCAUGUCUUCCUGAGGACCACACUGCGCCAGUCUGCAACCUCAGCCACCAGCUCCAAGGCACUCUGGGAAGUUGAGGUUGUGCACUAUGAUCCCUGCCGAGGUGGUGCUGGACAGUGGAACAGCCUCUUCCGCUUCAAGCACUUGGCCACUGGAAACUACCUUGCUGCUGAGCUCUUCUUACAGGUGAACCCUGACUAUCGAGACGACAGCAUGGAGUCCAGUGGGGCGACAGAGUGUGACACACUGGCAUCAAAGAAGAAGCGACAGGCGGCAGAGAAGAUUGCCUACACCCUGGUCUCCGUGCCCCAUGGGAAUGACAUCGCUUCACUGUUUGAGCUGGAUGCAACCACCUUGCAGCGGGCUGACUGCCUGGUGCCCAGGAACUCCUACGUCAGACUGAGGCACCUGUGCACCAAUACAUGGGUGACAAGCACCAAUGUCCCCAUCGACACAGAUGAGGAGCGGCCUGUCAUGCUCAAGAUUGGGACGUGCCCUACCAAAGAGGACAAAGAGGCGUUUGCCAUUGUCUCUGUGCCCCUGUCUGAGGUGAGGGACUUGGACUUUGCUAAUGAUGCCAACAAAGUCCUCGAGGCCACUGUGCAGAAGCUGAAGGAAGGCAGCAUCACCCAGAAUGAGAGGAGGUUUGUCAUCAAGCUGUUGGUGGACCUAAUUUUCUUUGUGGCGGACAUACCCAACAAUGGGCAAGACGUGCUAUCUGUGGUCAUCACCAAGCCUAACCGUGAGAGGCAGAAGCUCAUGAGGGAGCAGAACAUCCUGGCUCAGAUUUUUGGCAUCCUGAAGGCACCGUUCACAGACUUGGGCGAGGGUCCAAUGCUAAAGUUGGAGGACCUGGGUGACCAGCGCUACGCCCCUUUCAAGUACUUGUUGCGGCUUUGUUACCGGGUACUGCGUCAUUCGCAGCAGGACUACAGGAAAAACCAGGAGUACAUUGCCAAGAAGUUCUCCAUAAUGCAAUCCCAGAUUGGUUAUGAGAUUCUGGCUGAGGACACCAUCACAGCGCUGCUGCACAACAACCGCAAACUGCUAGAGAAGCACAUCACAGCCAAGGAGAUUGAGACAUUUGUCACCCUGCUGCGACGGAACCGGGAGCCCAGGUUUCUGGACUAUCUGUCAGACCUCUGUGUGUCCAAUAAGAUGGCGAUUCCUGUCACACAGGAGCUGAUCUGCAAAUUCGUACUGAACCCCGCAAAUGCAGACAUCCUCAUCCAGACCAAGCUCGUCCCCCAGUCUGAGACCAAUCUGGAGAACUCGCUCUUGCAGGACGAGGGUGAUGAUGAGGAGGUGUGGCUCUACUGGAUAGACAGCAACAAGGAGCCGCAUGGGAAGUCCAUCCGCCACCUGGCGCAGGAUGCCACGGACAACCACAAGAUGUACACAGACAUACUCACCUACUACAGGUACCAGCUAAACCUGUUUGCCAAGAUGUGUCUGGAUCGCCAGUAUCUGGCCAUCAACCAAGUGUCCACCCAACUGCCAGUGGACCUGAUCCUGCGCUGCAUGUCAGAUGAGGACCUACCCUACGAUCUGCGUGCCUCCUUCUGCCGCCUCAUGCUGCACAUGCAUGUGGACCGCGAUCCGCAGGAGGCCGUUGUGCCCGUGCGCUACGCCCGGCUAUGGACGGAGAUUCCCACCCACAUAACCAUCCUAGAGUAUGAGUACGAGUUUGCGAACACUGUGCGAGAAGACAUGAAGAGGAAGUUUGCCCCAACCAUGGAAUUUGUGGAAGCCUGCCUUAAAGAAGUCGUCACCCAGCAGUGGCCAUUUGUAGACAAGGAUAAGAAUGAGCUGACACUAGAGGUUGUACAGUUGGCCCGGAACCUGGUCUACUUUGGCUUCUAUAACUUCAGCGAGCUACUACGUUUGACACGUACACUCCUGGCCAUCCUGGACAUCAUGCAGCCCCAAAUGAUCUACACAGAUAAACUGAGUAGGGGCCCUGAAGCAGGGAACAAUGUGAUCCGCACCAUCCAUGAUGUUGGAGAGAUGAUGACACAGAUGGUCCUGAGCCGAGGCUCCAUCCUGUCCCAUGGCAUGUCUGAGACCCGGACCACAGUACGACACAGUCUGGCUGACAGCGAGGAUGUCAUGGUCAUGGACACCAAGCUGAAGAUCAUUGAGAUCCUUCAGUUUAUUCUUAGUGUUCGCCUGGACUACAGGAUCACUUACUUGCUUUCCGUCUACAAGAAAGAGUUUGGACAGAGUACGCUGGCCGACUCCUCCCUGUCGUUCAUCGAUUUUGCCCCCAUAUCAGUGUCAGAUCCAGACAUAAAUGAGAUUGCAGCCCAAGCAGAAACCAUGUUUGCUGGAAGCGAGGAGAGGAGUGCAGUCGAGCUGGAUGACGAGGGUGGCCGGACCUUCCUUCGGGUCCUGAUCCAUCUCAUCAUGCAGGACUACCCACCCCUGGUAUCAGGUUCACUCCAGCUGCUUUUCAAGCACUUCAGCCAGCGUGCAGAGGUGCUGCAGGCCUUCAAGCAGGUCCAGCUCCUGGUAUCUGAGCAGGAUGUGGAGAACUACAAGCAGAUCAAGGAGGACCUGGACAAGCUGCGCCUAACAGUGGAGAAGUCAGAGCUCUGGGUGGAGAAGACUGGAGGCUAUGGCAGUGAGGAGCACUAUGCUGGGGAUGGCCAGGGCAAGGAACAGGUCUUGGAGGAUGUGGGUAUUUUGAGUCCAGCACAGGAUGGCAAACCUCAGAUUGACAGCAACAGAGCCAACAACUACAGCCAGAUUAAAGAGAUCUUGGUACGGUUCGGCAAGCUGUGCUACCCCAGCAAAAAGAGCCGUGUCCAGCAACAACGGCUGUUGAAGAACAUGGGCGCUCACAGUGUUGUACUGGACCUCCUUCAGAUACCCUAUGAGAAGACGGACGAGAAGAUGAAUGAGAUUAUGAACCUGGCCCACGCCUUCCUGCAGAACUUCUGCCGGGGGAACGCCCAGAACCAGGCCCUACUCCACAAACACCUCAACUUGUUCCUCACCCCCGGGCUGCUGGAGGCGGAGACUAUGCGGCACAUCUUCAUGAACAAUUAUCACCUGUGCAAUGAGAUCAGUGAACGUGUGGUGCACCAUUUUGUGCACUGCAUUGAGACGCACGGCCGCCACGUACAGUAUCUGCGCUUCCUGCACACCAUCGUCAAGGCUGACGGCAAGUACGUCAAGAAAUGUCAGGACAAGGUUAUGACUGAGCUGGUGAAUGCAGGCGAGGAUGUGCUUGUGUUCUACAAUGACCGCUCCUCCUUCCCAGCCCUGCUCCAGAUGAUGUGUUCAGAGCGGGACCGAGCAGACGAGAAUGGGCCGCUAGCGUACCACACCACCCUGGUGGAGCUGCUGGCAGCCUGUACCGAGGGCAAGAACGUCUACACUGAGCUAAAGUGCAACUCACUUUUGCCCCUCGAUGACAUCGUCAAGGUGGUCACGCACGAUGACUGCAUCCCUGAGGUGAAAAAUGCCUACGUGAACUUUGUGAAUCACUGCUAUGUGGACACAGAGGUGGAGAUGAAGGAGAUCUACACCAGCAAUCACAUAUGGCAGCUUUUUGAGAAUGUCCUCAUUGACAUGGCCAGGGUGUGCAAUACAACCACAGACAGGAAGCACGCAGACAUUGUCCUGGAGCACUAUGUGACUGACACAGUCAUGGCCAUCGUCAAGGGCUUCUUUGGUUCGCAGUUCUCUGUGAGCCACUCCAAUCUGCAGGCCCACCAGCCCAACUUCAUCCAGCUUCUGCAGUCCUCCUUUAGGUUGUACAACUGCACCUGGAUCGGUGCGCCACAGAAGGCCAACAUUGAGGGCUGCAUCAAGACACUGGCUGAUGUUGCUAAGAACCGUUCUAUUGCCCUUCCUGUGGACCUGGACAGUCAAGUGAACACACUGUCCCUGAAGACUCACAACAACAUGGUGCAGCGUGCUGCCAAGGGCUGGAGAAUGUCAGCCCGCACGGGGCCUCGCAAGGAGCCACUCGGGGGCCCUGAUUAUAAGAACAUCAUUGAAAAGUUACAGGGUGUGGUGACCCGCUUGGAGGACCAAUUCCACCUGAAGAUGCAAGCUGAGUUCUCUGUGCUGGUGGACAUCCUGCAGAGCCCCGAGCUCCUGUUUCCUGAGGCAGCCAGACUGCGCUGUGAAAGUGGGGCCUUCAUGGCCAAGCUCAUCAAACACACCAAGAAGCUAAUGGACAAGGAGGAGAAGUUGUGCAUCAAGAUCUUGCAGACAAUUCGAGAGAUGCUGGAUAGAAAGGAAACCUUUGACGAUAUGGGAAAUGCACUUCGAAAGAUCCUUCUGACUCGCUACUUUGGCAAUCAGCGAUUUGUCUCCAAGUCAGACUUUGGGAGUGGGAACAGUUCUUCAAGCGGUUAUCAGAAAUCCUCUUCAGGAGGAAGUUCUCCUCAGCAGGAUUCCGAUAAGUCUGGGUCAUGCAUGGUGGACAUCCAGUGCUUCCUGGACAGCGUAGGGGUUUCGGAACUUGUAGUUGACCUCAUUGUCAGCACAAAGAACGACAGGAUCUUUGAGGAAAGCAUCCUUCUAGGCAUUGCCUUGCUUAGGGGUGGAAACACCCAAAUACAGAAUUCCUUCUAUAAUCAGCUUCACAAGCAGAAGAAGUCGGAGAUGUUUUUCAAGGUGUUCUUCGAUCGCAUGACUGUGGCACAGCAGGAGAUUCGGUCAACGGUUUCAGUCAACAUGUUCGAGCUGAGUACCAGAAAGCGAGAUGAGGAUGGGGAGACCACGGUCACCAGACAUAAGAAGCCAGGAAAGGACUCUCCCCUUCACCUCAAGUUUGACAUGAGGGGCCAGCUGAAAGAAGCCUCAUCAGCGACGUCCAAGGCCUUCUGCAAUAUCCGCAAGGAGAUUGACCCAGACAUGGAUCCCAAUGGUUCUGGUGGCGAAGGGGGGGAAGAGUCUGGAGAGGAAAUGCACAUGAGCCCAGCCAUCACAAUUAUGAAACCCAUACUGCGCUUUCUGCAACUGUUAUGCGAGAACCACAAUAGAGAACUGCAGAACUUCCUGCGCAACCAGAACAACAAGACUAACUACAACCUGGUGUGUGAGACGCUGCAGUUCCUUGACUGCAUCUGUGGAAGCACUACAGGUGGCCUGGGCCUGCUGGGCCUCUACAUUAAUGAGAGGAAUGUGGAUCUAGUGAAUCAGACCUUGGAAACCAUCACUGAAUACUGCCAGGGUCCCUGCCACGAGAAUCAGACAUGUAUAGCUAAGCACGAAUCCAAUGGGAUCGACAUCAUCAUUGCCCUCAUUGUCAACCCUGUUAAUCCGCUUGGGAAGAAUCAUAUGGAAUUAGUUCUGGAGCUGAAGAAUAAUGCAUCCAAGCUAUUGCUGGCAAUUAUGGAGAGCCGCCAUGACAGCGAGAAUGCAGAGAAGAUCCUGUACAAGAUGAGGCCCAAUGAGUUGGUGGAUGUCAUGAAGGAAGCAUACAACCAAGACCUGGAGAUGGAAGCUAGUGGGGAAGUUACGCCAGACCAGAUCAGACCAAAAGAAGUGGGCCAUAACAUUUACAUCCUUGCACACCAGCUGGCCAGGCACAAUAAGGUGCUGCAGCAAAGCCUAAAGCCAGGACAGGACCCCGAUGGUGAUGGCGAUGAAGCACUCAUCUACUAUGCUAACCACACCGCCCAAAUCGAGAUUGUCCGUCACGACCGAACUAUGGAGCAGAUUGUGUUUCCGGUGCCCAACAUAUGUGAGUACCUGACGGAGGAGUCGAAAGCACGUGUCUUCAACACCACUGAGAGGGAUGACCAGGGCAGCAAGGUCAAUGACUUCUUUCAGCAGUUUGAAGACCUCUACAAUGAGAUGCGGUGGCAGAAGAAAAUCCGAAACAACCCUGCCCUAUUCUGGUUCUCCAGACAUAUCUCCCUCUGGGGCAGCAUCUCCUUCAACCUGGCUGUCCUUGUCAACAUCACCGUUGCCCUCUUCUAUCCCUUUGGAGAUGACGAGGAUGAAGGUGUCCUGCCUCCCGUGGUGUCACUGCUGCUGUGGGUGGCUAUGAUUGUGUGCACCGCCAUGCUCUUCAUCCUGCCCAAGCCAGGUGGUAUUCGACCCUUUCUGGUGGCAGUCAUCCUCAGGUCCAUUUACUCGCUGGGCUUAGGGCCCACUCUACUGCUACUGGGUGCAGCCAAUCUGUUGAAUAAGGUCGUGUUUUUGGUGAGCUUUGUGGGGAACCGUGGGACAUUCACCCGAGGCUACAAAGCUGUAAUCAUGGACAUGGCCUUCUUGUACCAUGUGGUCUACAUCAUUGUCUGCAUGCUGGGCCUGUUUGCACACGAGUUCUUUUACAGCUUGCUGCUGUUUGAUCUGGUGAACCGUGAGGAGACCCUUCUGAACGUCAUCAAGAGCGUGACACGGAAUGGCCGUUCCAUCAUCCUUACAGCCGUGCUGGCCCUCAUUCUUGUGUACCUCUUCUCCAUUGUUGGCUUCCUCUUCCUCAGGGAUGAUUUCCGCAUGGAGGUGGACCGCCUCUUGGACACAGGAAACCACGGAAUGGUGUCAGAGGCUCACGGUUCAAGAACAUGUCUCAGAGAGAACUGCACCAGCUUUUUCCCUCCGUCUGUCACAGCAGGAGGAAAGGACGAUGACAGCACGGAGAAAGUGUGCGAGACCCUGUUGAUGUGCAUUGUUACCGUGCUGAACCAGGGGCUGCGGAAUGGAGGGGGUGUGGGAGAUGUGCUCAGGAAGCCCUCCAAAGAUGAGCCCCUGUUUGCGGCCCGCGUGGUGUACGACCUUCUGUUCUUCUUCAUCGUCAUCAUCAUCGUGCUGAAUCUGAUUUUUGGCGUGAUCAUUGACACAUUUGCUGACCUCAGGAGUGAGAAACAGAGGAAGGAAGAGAUCUUGAAGACCACCUGCUUCAUCUGUGGACUGGAGAGAGACAAGUUUGACAACAAGACGGUGUCCUUCGAAGAGCACAUUACAUCUGAGCACAACAUGUGGCACUACCUGUACUUCCUUGUCCUGGUGCGGGUGAAGGAUCCUACCGAAUAUACGGGGCCAGAGAGCUACGUGGCACAAAUGAUUAAGGAGAAGAACUUGGACUGGUUCCCCCGCAUGCGGGCCAUGUCCCUGGUGAGCAGCGAAGGGGACAGCGAGCAGAAUGAGAUCCGGCUGCUGCAGGAGAAGCUGGACAGCACUGUGAACCUGGUGGCGCAGCUCUCAGCCCAGCUGGCUGAGCUCAAGGAGCAGAUGACAGAACAGCGGAAGAACAAGCAACGGAUGGGCUUCCUGGGACCCCCCCUGCCCAACCACCACAUGACAACCCACUAAGGGGCCCUUGGAGAUGCUCCCUCACAUUGUGCAUGCCACAACCGACCAAAAUCAUGUCAGUCACGCUAACCACACUUGGCAGGAGUUCUGCAGCAGGCUGUUGCCAUUCUUCUUUUGUUGUCAUUAAGUCCUGUAUUAUUAUUCUUUUUCUCUGCCUGGGCAGCUGUUAUCAGUAUGAGACAGGUGAACUCAAGCGUGGGUGGGAUUCCUUUCUUGGGUGUGGACAUCUGCCGAAAACUGAAACCUCACAGGUUUGGCUUGCUGGUCCACUAAAGAAAUGUUUAUCCUCUGUACAGGAUGCAGGUGGAGUUUUAUAUUAAUAUAUUUUCUUUCUGAAAAGAUGUUGUCCUUUAUGAGUGUGUUAUACGAAAUGGAGUGCUUAGUAGUUGUGAAUGACACAACCAGAGGCCUUUAAUUGGUAUUAGUCCAAACUUGAUAGACAAAGAGGGAUGGGACUGUAGACUAACCCAGCCUCAGGGGAUCCUGGAGGUCUUCAUCAUUCCCAGCAUGCGUUUCCCCCAGUUAUACUUGUGCUUUUUAAGGAACCAGACAACCAGUCUAUUUCUGCUUUAGCCACAGCUCAACAUUCUGUUCCUUUGAAUGAGUUCAGGAGUUUAUCAGAUCCAUCUGACCUCUGGCCAAAUCAUUCCUCUUCAGUCUUUUGCUCAUUUUGUAUUAAUGCCUCAUAAGUGCCUUUAUCUGAUGGAAAUAGUGUAACUUGCACCACCGUACAAUGUGCCUUGUUGCGAAAAGCAUUGUACAAAGUUUCUGCAGUCACAUUGAUGUGUAUAUUUAGAGUGAGAUGUAUAGUUUACUGAAUUUACUUGAAAUGUGCCUCGCUAUGUGUUACAUGUGGAGUGUUGUGGUCACAAAGAAGGUAUUUUGGAGAUGUUUUUACCAACAGUGCUUACCAGGCUCAAGAUUGCUUAAGGUCUUCAUUGCCAUGGUACUUGUUACAUGAUCAUUACCAUAUAAUCAGGUAUUAGCCACUUCAACAUGUUUGCAGAGGAACAUCUGUCAAUUUGGACUGCACUAAGUAGUAUUUACUUUUCGGUGUGAGGAAAUAUAUACGUUUUAAAUAUUGAUGUUUAGAUUUGAUCAUUGUGUCACUGGUCUGUAACUCAGCAACCUGUGAUUACUUGUCAAAUGAACAUGUCUCUCUUGCUCUCACUCACUGACAAUCUCUCUCUCUCUCUCACACACACACACACACACACACUGCCCAAGAAGGAACUUUGACCUGACUCAGUCACAUGUGCUGCCGGAGCAUGAUCACAGGAGAUUGCUGUGUCACAGACGAUGAGAUGAUACGCGCACGUUUCACACCUUUGACUCAUUCCCCUUUUUUAAAGCACAAUCGGACAUUUUACUUUGCUAAAUCAUAAUGUUUAAGCUCAGUGUGUGUUCAGUCGUUCUGUGCACUCACCAUAUGUGCACUUUAUGUAUGUGGGUCAUACAGUUGUAUUACCAGGUAUUUCCAACUGUGCCUGGACUGUUUCUAUAAGUGUUUGUAACGCUGGGGUGUUUGACUGAAUGGCCACUACCCACUUGAGAGAUUUUUUUUUUUUUUUUUUUUUUUUUUUGUGCUGGAAAGUGGAACUCUUUUGUAUUUAAGCAUGUUUUCAAGAUUAAAUUGUGUUUGCUCCUUCAAGGACCAAACAAACAUUCUUUUUCAGUAGCAUGAUAAAGUCCAUUUCAUGGAGCCUGCUCGUCCUAUUCAGAUCGUCUCAGGUGCUUCUAGGCGUGCUAAUGGGCAUAGCUGUGUGUAAAAUUAGCUGCGCUGGAGUGGGUUUAAGUAUCGCAGCUGUCGCCAGACACAAGGAAAGGCCCUUCAAAUGAAUAGGGGUCAGAUUCCUGUGCAGGGUACACCUUCUCUGCCCCUUUGACAAACAUUAAUGGCAGCACACCAACAGUACUUAAGCAGCCAUCAAAAUGUGUACCCUUAUUCGAGGGUAACAUCUCAGGUCUUGCAUUUACCCUACACUGAGUGAAAAUGGCAGAAGUAAACUAACUUAGAUGAUAAAUUUAUGGAGUUUUGGAAUGGCCUAGUCAAAAGUCCUGAAUAUAGCUGUUGAUGCUCAAAAACUUCUAAAAAGUUGCUCAGCUAAACCAGUUCUACAUGCGACAGUGGGACAAAAUCCCUCCAAAGUCAUGUGGGUCCUUAGUCAAUGGCUACAGGAAGUGUUGCAGUCAUUACAGCUAAAGGUGACACAGCUAGGUAGUUACUGUGAAGAGGGCUUAUUCUUUUACACCUAUGACUGCACAUUUCGUUAUCUUUCACGCCAAGGAAAUGACAUAAAAACAGUACUGGUAUCACUUUCUCUCUCAGGCUCCAUUCACACAAAACUAAAUCUGACAAAAAGAUCUGAUCAAGUAUAAUACCAAAUAGUUGCAAAAGUACAGAAUAUUAGAAAGGGGAAAAUACCUUUUCACAGCACUGUACUGUGUGCUGUGGUGAGUUUCUCCAUACCAUCUCUGAUACAUAAUACUGUGUCCUGACAGAUGGAAACGCCGGAAAAGGACCGAGUCGGAUGUUCUCUACUGCUCUGACUCUGCAUACAGCGUCAUUCUGAGCAGGUGGUGAACAUGUCAAGGGACAGAAUGUUUUUGUAAACAGUCCUCUCUGAGUAUGACAACUGUUAACGGUGUAAAUAUACACAUCUCUAUAUAUCUCCCCCCCCCCCCCCGAUGAUUCACACGUGACUGUUUCAGUCACGCUGGACAAACUGUCAGUCAGGCUGCCCACAUGAAGAUCGCUCCAACUCUCUUUCACGCUGGUGUGACCGUUUCCUUGAACGCAGAGGAACUGGGGAGUCAAGCAAUCCCAUCUGUUGCAGGUUCCACCAGGGUUUAUUAUUUUCAGCAUUACUGUUAUUUAUUUCACCACCAUUUACAGUAUAAUGCUAGGCCCUUUCCUCUCUUGGGUAUUAAACAUGGUGUUUCUUGUUAUAAUAACUUACUGUCUGUUGUCAUCUACUUCAACAUGUAUGCGUAUAGUAAUUAUACCAGUUAACUUGGUAUGAGGAGAUGCAUUCAUUUUACACAAAUUUAGUCAAAGUACUACUGUUUUUUCAACAGAAUGCACUAAUCCCCCUUGGAUGCAAGCAAAAAUAAAGGACACAAAAAACCAGCAGUGACAGCCUGACAGCCUCUUGUAUUUUAUUAAAAGUAUAAAGGACUCCUUAGAGCACAGAGUGGACAAAUAAACCACCUUCCAGAGAAUAUAGAUAUGCAUAUAGAUAAGCAUCAAAAACAUUUGUUUUGUAUCUGAGCACCAGUUUGUAAGGCAAAUGCGGCGAAGGUCAGAUGGAGCACAGUGUCGCUCAAACCCAAACUUUUAUCCAUUUAAAAACCUUUCGUUCGUGACAUAUAUUUCAGAGGAAAAAACCAGUUUGCUUUAUGUUUUAUGAUAGUUUAUGAUUGAGAGCAUUUAAGAAGUGGCUGUGGUGUAGCCUGUGAGUGGAAUGGAGAUGUUUGUAGGUUUUCAAAUGGAAAGUGUGUUACCAUGUGUCGGGGAACAUAUCUGUGUGGAGUCCUGUUGGCCGUCUGAGUUCCCUUCCCUCUGACGGCCCCCCAGCGCACAGAGCCCGAACCCCUGUGUGGCUGGAGCGGGGGCGCCAGCGAGGCACAUGACAAGCUGAGCGCUUCCUGUGUUUCGGCCCACAACCUGCCCCUCCCCCCACCUCCACCGAGAGCUAUAACGCGACACACUGUUGGCUGAGCGCUGAGAGCGUUGGGCCCCGCGCCAGGCCCCCGCAGAGAGGCACAUGAUAGACGGGUAGGAUCAGAUUAGGGGCACUUUCCCCUCAUGCGUGUGCACUGCUGUGCUUUUCCCAAGAAUGCGCACUCCUCGGCAGUACGUGACACACUGUAUGGGCCCCAGCGGUGCCCCACCACAAUGGAGGAGCUCCUUUCAGGAGCCUGAGGUUCUACAGACAGGCAUGUGGCCAGAUUAACACCGCUCUGUGACCUCAGUCUGCAGCUGUUGUUUCUGACCAUUGGAUAUAAAUGGAAAGUUGCAUCUUCACAACUUGUUUCAGGUUGAUUAAACAGGUUGCAACAGCUCAAUUUCCAUAUGAGAAAUUCUGAAGUCUGAUCCUUCCCGUAAUACGUUUACAUUUCUUUUUCUCCCUGCUUAUGAUUAUGUUGGGUUAUUAUAUUUUUUAACUUAUUU